CCAAGAUGGCGGACCUGGAGGCGGUGCUGGCCGACGUGAGCUACCUGAUGGCCAUGGAGAAGAGCAAGGCCACGCCGGCCGCGCGCGCCAGCAAGAAGAUCCUGCUGCCCGAGCCCAGCAUCCGCAGUGUCAUGCAGAAGUACCUGGAGGACCGGGGCGAGGUGACCUUUGAGAAGAUCUUCUCCCAGAAGCUGGGGUACCUGCUCUUCCGAGACUUCUGCCUGAAACACCUAGAGGAGGCCAAGCCCUUGGUGGAGUUCUACGAGGAGAUCAAGAAAUACGAGAAGCUGGAGACAGAGGAAGAGCGCUUGGCUCGCAGCCGGGAGGUCUUCGACACCUACAUCAUGAAGGAGCUGCUGGCCUGCUCGCAUCCCUUCUCGAAAAGUGCCACUGAGCACGUCCAGGGUCACCUGGUGAAGAAACAGGUGCCUCCGGAUCUCUUCCAGCCAUACAUCGAAGAGAUUUGUCAGAACCUCCGAGGGGAUGUGUUCCAGAAAUUCAUCGAGAGUGAUAAAUUCACACGGUUUUGUCAGUGGAAGAACGUGGAGCUCAACAUCCAUCUGACCAUGAACGACUUCAGCGUGCACCGCAUCAUCGGGCGAGGGGGCUUUGGCGAGGUCUAUGGGUGCCGGAAGGCCGACACGGGCAAGAUGUACGCCAUGAAGUGUCUGGAUAAGAAGCGCAUCAAGAUGAAGCAGGGGGAGACCCUGGCCCUGAACGAGCGCAUCAUGCUGUCCCUCGUCAGCACUGGGGACUGCCCGUUCAUUGUCUGCAUGUCGUACGCGUUCCACACGCCGGACAAGCUCAGCUUCAUCCUCGAUCUCAUGAACGGCGGGGACCUGCACUACCACCUGUCCCAGCACGGGGUUUUCUCCGAGGCCGAUAUGCGCUUCUACGCCGCCGAGAUCAUCCUGGGCCUGGAGCACAUGCACAGCUGCUUUGUCGUCUACCGGGACCUGAAGCCAGCCAACAUCCUCCUGGACGAGCACGGCCACGUGCGCAUCUCAGACCUGGGCCUGGCCUGCGACUUCUCCAAGAAGAAGCCCCAUGCCAGCGUGGGUACCCACGGGUACAUGGCCCCCGAGGUCCUGCAGAAGGGCGUGGCCUACGAUAGCAGUGCUGACUGGUUCUCCCUGGGCUGCAUGCUUUUCAAGUUGCUGCGGGGGCACAGUCCCUUCCGGCAGCACAAGACCAAAGAUAAGCAUGAGAUUGACCGCAUGACAUUGACAAUGGCUCCCCGUCCCUGUGUUGUCAGAACAAACAUGCCUGCUGGGGUGAGUGAGGAAGCUGGGCGCUGUCUCUCUGCCGGGGGCCAGGACUCUUCUUCGGCCCCUGCCAACGUCCGCUCCUCCCUGCAGGCUGUGGAGCUGCCCGACUCCUUCUCCCCCGAGCUCCGUUCCCUGUUGGAGGGGCUGCUGCAGAGGGAUGUCAACCGGAGACUGGGCUGCCUGGGCCGAGGGGCCCAGGAGGUGAAGGAGAGCCCUUUCUUCCGCUCCCUGGACUGGCAGAUGGUCUUCUUGCAGAAGUACCCUCCCCCGCUGAUACCCCCUCGAGGGGAGGUGAACGCUGCUGACGCCUUUGACAUUGGCUCCUUUGACGAGGAGGACACAAAAGGAAUCAAGUUGCUGGACAGUGACCAGGAGCUGUACCGCAACUUUCCCCUCACCAUCUCCGAGCGGUGGCAGCAGGAGGUGGCUGAGACGGUCUUCGACACCAUCAAUGCCGAGACGGACCGGAUGGAGGCCCGCAAGAAAACCAAAAACAAGCAGUUGGGCCACGAGGAAGACUACGCCCUGGGCAAGGACUGCAUCAUGCAUGGCUACAUGUCCAAGAUGGGCAACCCCUUCCUGACCCAGUGGCAGCGGCGGUAUUUCUACCUGUUCCCCAACCGGCUGGAGUGGCGGGGCGGGGGCGAGGCCCCGCAGAGCCUGCUGACCAUGGAGGAGAUCCAGUCCGUGGAGGAGACGCAGAUCAAGGAGCGGAAGUGCCUCCUUCUCAAGAUCCGCGGUGGCAAACAGUUUGUGCUGCAGUGUGACAGCGACCCUGAGUUGGUGCAGUGGAAGAAGGAGCUGCGCGACGCCUACCGCGAGGCCCAGCAGCUGGUGCAGCGCGUGCCCAAGAUGAAGAACAAGCCGCGCUCGCCCGUCGUGGAGCUGAGCAAGGUGCCACUGGUCCAGCGCGGCAGCGCCAACGGCCUCUGACCCGCCCGCCCGCCUUUUAUAAACCUCUAAUUUAUUUUGUCGAAUUUUUAUUAUUUGUUUUCCCGCCAAGCGGAAAAGGUUUUAUUUUGUAAUUAUUGUGAUUUCCUGUGGCCCCAGCCUGGCCCAGCCCCCAGGGGGGGGCCCCGCUUGCCUUGGCUCCUGCUGCCACCAACCCAGCCACUGUCCAGCUGCCCUCAGCCCUGACCCUCCAGGGGCCUCCCCUCCCGGGUCUUCCCGUGGAGGGGCGGCGGGGCCGGUGGGGGGGGGGAGCGGCAGCCCCGCCAGCCCUCCUGGCCCUUCCCCGGGGAUGAUGCCACACCAGGUUGUGCCCCCUCGGGCUCUGGGCUGUGCUCUGAGGGUGGCCCAGCGUCCCCCACCCCGGGGGAGGCCGCAGCACAGGGACACUACUUGAAUUUUCCCACCGCAGCCCCUCCUGUGCACUGUCCUGUCCUCCGGCCGGCUGGUGGAGGAGGGGCCCAUGAUCUCCCUGACCCCAGGGCCUCGCCACAGCGACUUGAGCUCGUGUGCCCUUGCUCGGGAAGAACCCCUGUGUCACUGGCUGGCUGCCUCCAUCCCCACAGUCCGUGGAGCCCGAGGGGCUCGGCCAGGAGGGUGGCAUUGGCAGCAGGUCCCGCUCCCCUCCCUGCAGUACCCCCUUCCUCCCACACCAAGCGCCCGGGCUCAGGGACCACAGAAGGCAGCUGUGGGCUGUGUUACACUGGCCUCGCCUGGCCCCGAGGUCCCCUGCCACCCCCCGCCCCCCCUUCCCCGGGCUGGGCCAGGCCUCAUCUGCCCAGGACCGGGGGGGACCAGCCUGGACAGGCCGGGCAGCACAGCGAGAGGGGCCGGUGGGGCCAGCCCUCGCCGCUCCCGGCCGGUCAGUGUGCCCCCCGGGCUGUCCGUGCCACUGCCCACAGGGCACCGCCCCCCGCCCCCCCCCCCCCCCGUCCCCCUG